UCUACCUUUUCGAUUCGCUUGCCACGAGUUACGCCCACCUUUCUUUACAAUAGAUCCGCUGGGCUACUUCAUUGAUUACGCCAAAAUCUACAGUUGGGUUUGCCGAGUACCAUCAGCCAGCCGGAUACCGGCCCAACAGUAGAAAAUUAGCAAAGAUGGCAGAGUCAGUUAUUGAAACAGCUGAAUGUAACACGAAUGUUGCUCCUGUUGAAGACCUGUUGCAAACGGCUUCGCAUCAGAAUUGCCAGCGGUUAGUUGUCCUCGGCUCCGCUCGAUCCGGCAAAUCCUCACUCGUUGCUCGGUUUUUGAGCAACAAGUUCAGCGAUUCGUAUACACCAACCAUAGAGAAUUUCUAUCGUAAAGUGUAUCGCAUCCGCGGCGAAGUUUAUCAGUUGGACAUUUUGGAUACAAGCGGCAACCACCCCUUCCCAGCCAUGCAGCGACUCUCCUUCAUUACAGGUGACCUGUUUCUGCUGGUCUAUAGCGUCGACAGUCGCGAGUCGUUUGAAGAAGUUGCCCGGUUACGGUCGCAGAUCAUCGAAACUAAAAGCCACAUCGGCGGCCGGCGACCAGUUACACAACAAUCAUUUCGAGGAAGUAAAAAAACAAGUACGCCCAGCCUCGUGCCCAUGAUCAUCGCUGGUAACAAAUGCGACCGAGAGAUGAGGACGGUGACGGUGGAAGAGUUGGCAAUGCUAUGCUCGGGAUUUGCCGGUUGUGGUUUUGUCGAGACAUCAGCCAAGAAGAAUUGGAAUAUCGACGAACUGUUUCGCCAACUCUUUCAACUGGCUGAUCUUCCGGCCGAAAUGGCCCCCAAUUCUCAUAGAAGACUUUUGCCCGCUCAGCUGUUAGGGUCGUCGAGUUCUGUGCCUCUGCCGCCCAUGUUAACCUCAUCGCCAACGGCACAGACCAAAAAGAAGGGAUCACGACGUUUUCAGGGACUAUCCAUCCGAAGACGAAUGAGCGACGCUUACGGCGUAGUGGCUCUCAACGUACGCCGACCCUCACUCCACACGGAUCUCAUGAUUAUGAAGAAGAAAACAUCACAAAGACAGCCAAACUCUGCGUCGUCGAAUGCGCCAUCGACCAGGGCACGUUCGUUCCGUUGCGUCAUCCAGUAAUAUCAAAGUCAGUGGGACAAAACUAUGAAACUGAUUUUGUUUUUUUGCGGAAGAAUUUUAAAAUUGGAUUCGAUUUUUUUUUACCUAUUGCGUGUUACGUUAAUCCUCCCCUUGGUGUAGGUGAUUUCCAUAUACCUGCCGUGUACUGUUUGUACCAUGGCAACAGUUCCAUCCAACAUGGUGGGCAGCAUUUGUUUCUGGUGUUUUGAUAAUCACGAAGA